AUGCCACUACCUCCACCACCGCCUCCUCCGCCACCGCCAUUGCCAUCAGCAUCGAUGACAUCUAGUGCCGAUCGAUCUGGCCUCUUAAAUGACAUUGGAAACUUCAAGAUGGGCGCUCUUAAAAAGACGACUACUAAUGAUAGAAGUGCUCCGAUUAUUGGAGGUUCAGCUAAUAAUAAUAAUAAUAAUAAUAAUACACGAAUUUCAACAACAAAUCGAUCAAAUAUAAAUGAAAGACCAAAUACAGCUCCUCUAAUUAAAUCAAAUCAACUUAAUGCAACAAUGUUGAAACAAUCUGCUAUGGGUGGGUCAACUGGAAAAGUUAAAAGACCAUCAAUUUCACAAGUAAUCUCUUCUACUCCUCCUCCUCCACCACCACCACCACCUGUGCAUCAACCAGUUGUAAAAACAUCUUCAUUUGAUCAGUCUCGUCAUGAAAUUGAUGGUGCAGUUCCAACACGAAAUUUUACUCAUCAAGCACCAAGACUUCCUCCACGUGAACCUCCACCACCACCACCAUCGAAUGAAAGUAAACCAAAACUUGGACAUACAUCAUCUUCGUCAACAGGUUCUCAACAAAAAGUCACUCGUGCCCCACCACCUCCUCCACCACCUCCAUAUUCUUCGACUAAUAAUGGUAAUACAUUAUCAAAUAAUAUUUCAAAAUCUCCAAAACAGAUCAAUUCUAAUGGUCCUCCUCCUCCUGCACCACCGCCACCUCCACCUCCACCUCGAGGUGUAGCUCCGACCAACAAUAAUAGUACAAUCCGUCGAAUACCUUCUGACUUUGUUGAUCAUUCAUAUUCUGAUCGACGAUACGAUCAAUCAAAUAGUGCAGCACUUGAUUAUGAUCAUCAUUUCGAAGCUCGUUUUCGAUUUACUCCACUUGAAUAUCUACCAAUACCUGAAAGAUGGCAACCACCUCCAGCACAUACAAGAUCUUCAAGACAUCAUAUAAAUGUUCAUUAA